AUGCAAGGCUUGCUGCUCCUGCUCCUCUCGCUGCUGCUCGCCUUCCAAGCGGUGAAAUUUCUGGCCUUCGAGUGGUCGCGACGGAGGAGGCUGGGACCGCCGGGCCCUUUCCCGUGGCCCCUUCUGGGCAACGCGGCUCAGCUGGGCCGCGCCCCUCACCUAGCUUUCGGACGCCUGGCGGCCAUCUACGGCAGCGUUUUCCAGCUGCGCCUGGGCCGAUGGCCGGUGGUGGUGUUGAACGGCGAGCGCGCCAUCCGCGAGGCCCUCAUCCGCCAAGGGGCCGCCUUCGCGGGCAGGCCUCCUUUCCCUUCCUUUCAGCUGGUAUCCGGAGGGCGCAGCUUGGCCUUCGGCGGCUACUCUGAGCUGUGGAAACUGCAGAGGCGCUUGGCGCACUCGACCUUGCGCGCUUUCUCGGCGCGCCGCCUCCUGGAGCGGCCCUUGCUGGCUGAGGCGCGCACGGUGGUGCGGCUCCUGGUGAGCGCUUGCGCCGGCGGCGCCUUCGUAGAUCCGUCCAGGAGCCUGGGGGUGGCCGUGGCUAACGUCAUGAGCGCGCUUUGUUUCGGCCGCCGCUACAGCCACGCCGACGUCGAGUUCCGGCGGCUGGUGGGUCGGAACGAGCAGUUCGGGCGCACGGUGGGCGCCGGGAGCGUGGUCGACGUGCUGCCCUGGCUGCAGCGCUUUCCCAACCCGGUGCGCUCGGCCUUCCGCGCUUUCCGCGCCCUCAAUCACGAGUUCUACAGCUUCGUCCGCCAGAAGUUUCUGGGGCAUCGGAACAGUCUCCGCCCGGGAGAUCCCUCCCGCGACCUGAUGGACGCCUUCAUCCGCCUCCAGCAAACGCAGCCUGGCUUGCCUCUGGAGCACGUGCCGGCCACCGUCACGGACAUCUUCGGCGCCAGCCAGGACACUCUCUCGACCGCCCUGCAGUGGCUCUUGAUCUUCCUCACCAGGUAUCCAGAGGUGCAAACUAAGCUGCAAGAAGAAAUAGACAAAGUUGUUGGCCGAAACCGCCUGCCCUGUGCUGAGGAUCAGCCCCUUUUGCCUUCUGUCAUGGCUUUCCUAUAUGAAUCUAUGCGCUUCAGCAGCUUUGUGCCAGUUACCAUCCCUCAUUCCACCACAGCCGAUACCAUCUUGAUGGGCUACCACAUACCCAAAGACACAGUGGUCUUCAUCAAUCAGUGGUCCGUGAACCAUGACCCAGGGAAAUGGCCUGCUCCAGAAGUUUUCAAUCCAGCAAGGUUCCUGGAUGAGAAUGGAUUCCUGAACAAGGACCUUGCUAGCAGCGUGCUGAUUUUUUCAGUGGGCAAACGAAGGUGCAUUGGGGAGGAGUUAUCCAAAGUGCAGCUCUUUCUCUUUACUGCUGUCUUGGUCCACCAGUGCAAUUUCAGUGCUAAUCCAAAGGAAGAUUCUAAGAUGGACUUCACCUAUGGCCUGACUGUUAAACCAAAGCCAUUUACACUCAGUGUCACACUUCGAGAUAGCAUGGAUUUGCUGGAUAAUGCUGUCCAGGGACUUCAGGCAGAAAAUGCAUCUGAAAAUUGCGUGUUUAAUACAUGA